AUGUUCCGAGCAAUUCCAAUCGGCAAUAAAGUUUUAUCCAAAAAAUGGGACGAACAAAAGCUGCAGAUUCACUACGACAAACUCAAACGUAUGAAAUCUUCAAUCGACAAAUCCUGCCCAGCUUCAUUUAACCAUCUUAAAAGAAAACUUAAAAAAGAGCAAAUGAUAGAAGAAAGGUUCACCGAAAUUGAACGUGAAAAUCGCUUGCUGCUGGAAAAAAUGUCUCAUAUAAUGAUAGCAAGAUCGUCGAGGUCUUCUACUCAACCGAAAAAAAGCUUGAAUAGAGAAUUAAGAAGGAGACAGCUUGUGCAGAUUACAGCGGAAAAUCAAGCUUUACUGAAAAGGCUGCAAGAAAAGCAGCCUUCUUAUAACGUCCACAAGUGGGAAGACGACAGAAGAGACUCUGAAAGAAGACUGCAAUUUAUGUGCGAAUUUCCUUAUGCGUUAGGAAAUUCAAGAAACCGUAAAAGCAACGAUGGGAGAUGGACUCCAGGAAAUGUGCUCUUAAGAAAUUCAACAAGUUCUGGGUCGAAAAAACCGAGAAAGUUGUCACCACUUGGGGAAAGCAACUUAGUGUUUAAAAAAGGUUUAACAAUUAGUGGAAAAUAUUUUCUGAUUGAAAUGUACAAAGGGAAAAAGUAAGUAUUAUUUAGAAACAUAAAAAUCGUAGUGUUUGAUACGCAAACCCCUGAAAGCUUCAGCCUGUCCUUACCUAUCAAAGAGUUGAUCGAAAUUUGCAAUGGCAAAGAAGACUAUGACUAUCUAGCUGGGAUGCUACAGCUUGAAGAAGGAGAAUUGGUGCUUGUAGAUGACAGAGGCAACAAUUUCCAAAGCAAUACUGUUCCAGUAAGCCAAAAUGAAUCGAAAGACAUGGGCGUGGCACAAAGUGCUAGGAACCCUUCUAACAGAAUCCUUAGUCAAGAUAUUUCUCAUGAGAGAGCUGCAUCUCAUAGUGAAAUCGAGAGCCUCAAUCAUGAGACUACAGAAAGUAAGGCAACUGAGGAAAAUCUGUAG